AUGUCCAAACCCAACGUAAACACAAGCGCGAAGGUCGGAGUGAGAAUCACACUGCCACCUGAAUUUCCAACAGUGCAGUCUCCAAAGUUCGUAAAGUGUAUUAGGUUUCUUUUGCAGCAAUCUUCUUCCUGCUGGAACGAAUUUGGCAUCGCACAAGUGCAGUUCUUUACCCAGGAGACGGCCGCUCCAGUGGAAUUACCUGCGCUUAAUUGCAGCAAGGAAGUUGUCGACGGAAUUCAAGUCCAAGCUGGUGAUGAAUCACAGUGUGCAGAGAUAAUAGAAAGUCUAGGAAACGUUAUCAAUCUCUGUCGGUUACAGUACCAACUGGGAAACACAGACACCCCCGAUGAGGAAACAACUACGGAAAUCCAACUGUAG